AUGCGCUCCUCCUCAUCCUUGCCUCGUGAUCUUAGCGGAAUUUUCGGCACCUUGGUUAUUGAUGAGGCACAUACCUUGCGAAACCGCAACACAGCUCAGUGGACUGCAGCCCAUGCAAUCAACGCGAAAUUCACGAUUCUGGCGACUGCGACCCCCAUCUUCAACAGUUACAAGGAUUUUGGCGCGCUGUACCCGUUCCUUAUCCCAUCAAACAAUGAAUCUACGUGCUACGCCGGCUUAUCCGACAAGCCAUCUUGGGCCCCUGGAGAACCUGUCCAAGGCCAAUAUUGGUUUCGAGGAGAAGCAUAUGCUGACAGAUACAGCGCCCUGAAACAUUGGGUGCUAUCGCACGGAUGGCAACAAGCCCGCUAUCUCCACGAACCCAGGAAUAAAAUCUCGCAUGAGUCUGCUGUGUGGCGCUAUGCAGAAGCCUGUGAGGAAUCAGUAUGA